AUGAAUAUCAGUACCUGGAAUGUGAGGGGAUUGAAUGAUCCCAUUAAAGUAGUUGAAAUAAAGAAGUUUUUAGCUAGUAAUAACAUUAGUGUUGUAGCUUUGUUAGAAACUAAAGUUCAGGAGAAGAAUAGUUGUAAAAUCCAGAAGAAAAUAGGGGUUGGGUGGCAGUGGAUUAUGAAUUAUGAGCACUCUCCUAGGGGAAGGAUAUGGAUUGGUUGGAAGCAUGCAUUGGUGUCAGUUCAGCUUAUCCAAAAAACUGAAUUUUGUGUUCACUGUCAUGUUGCUACUAAGAAUGGCUUGUUUGAUGCUUUAUUUUCAGCUGUGUAUGGUUUGCACUCUGUUGAUACUAGAAGACCAAUGUGGAGAGAGAUCACUACUUUCAGUAGUACUGUUAAUUGUCCUUGGCUUGUCAUGGGGGAUUUCAAUGCAGUUUUAUUAGCUGUUGAUAGAGUAAAUGGCAAUGCAGUUACAGAAGGGGAAACUAAGGAUUUUGAUAGCUGUAUGGAUGCUGCAGGGUUGGCUGAGCUUAAGAGUUGUGGGAGUUACUAUUCUUGGAGCAAUAAGGGGCAAGGUAACUUGAGAAUCUGUUCCAGAAUAGAUAGGGCCAUUGCUAAUGCUUUGUGGCAUUCUAAGUUUGUUGAUGCUGUGGUGGAUUAUUUGCCUCCAGGAAUAUCUGAUCACUCACCUCUGAUUAUGUCUUGCAAUAUUCAUAUGGGAGGGGGGAGUAGACCCUUUAAAUUUUUUAACUAUAUGGCUGAUCAUGUUCUGUUCCUUGAUGUAGUUAAAAAGGGAUGGGAUGUGUCCUGUCCAAGGGGUGGAGCCAUGUUCAAGGUGUGGACUAAGCUGAAAGCAGUAAAGCAAGGAUUGAAGGAGUUACAUCAUAAAGAUUUUGCUAAGCUUGAUGAGAGAAUUGAGGGGUUAAGGGCUGAUUUGGGUCAAAUUCAGAUCCAGUUAGCUUCUUGCCCUACUGAUAGUAAUGAGAGUGCAUAUAGACAGAAAGCAAGAAUUCAGUGGUUGCAAGUAGGAGAUUCUAACUCUAAAUUCUUUUUCAGUGCAAUGAAGGAGAGGAUAGCUAGGAAUAGCAUUGAUAUUUUGUAUGAUGAUUCUGGGAAGAAGCUUAGCACUACUCAGGAAAUUCAGGAAGAAGUUAGCUCUUUCUAUAAGAAGUUGAUUGGUACUACAGCUAGCUCAUUGAUGGGUGUGGAUGUUGGAGUGGUUAGGAAAGGGUGUUAG